UCUUUCCCUGUCACGUCCUCUACCUAAACAAAGAGAAAAAAAUGCUCUGUGGAGACACAAAGCAUCAGCAGUCAGGUUAGGGUUCCUUGCGGACAGUAUUCUCAGAUUCCUGAAUAGGAGUCAGAUCAAAUUCCUGCAGAUAGUGAUCUCGAUAUCAAUCUCUUGUUGAAGCAUUAGAGUGGUGGGGUUGUAGUGGGUAUUUGGAACUGCAGUUAUCAGUAAUGGAGCAACUAACAGUUCUUGGUAAUGGGUCUUCUGCUAAUUUGGCUAAAGAAGGGAAAAUAGAAGAUGAUGAAGAAGAGUUUCGCAGCUGUUGUGAAGAUGAGGAGGAAUUGAUAGAGAGAGAAGAAUUAACUAAGGAAGGUCCAAAAGAUGAGCUGGACGAAUUUUCUGCAAAUAUAUUCUUUAAGGGUGUAUCCAUAGCUGAACCUGGUCUCUCUGGAAUUGGGGUGAUUAUGGAAAGAUCCACUAUUUCUCCUGUUAUUCAAGUGCAGAAAAAGCUUGAUUUCUAUGUGGAGGAAUGUGUGGCUGAUUAUUUUGCUUUGAUGGAUGGCCUGUUAGAGGCUCAGCAGAAUAAUGUUAGGCGAGUAUUCGCUUUUACCAACUCUGAGAUCUUAUAUGAUCAGGUAAGAAAUCCCACAUUCCAAGAGAAAUGUUACUUAUUUAUACAUUUUUAUCUGCUUUGAGUAUUGAUGGCUACAAUUUGUUGUGCUGCUGGAGCUUUGGUUUCACAAGAUAAGAGUUGCUCACUAUUUAUGAAUGAUAAAGUCUUUUGUACUAUGCAUUGUUUUGUUUCUAGUGCCUUAAAAUGAUGUUUUGAUUGUCUUCUCAUUUGUUUGUUGGUCUUUCUUGAUCUACUGGAGUUUUUGGGCGGGAUAUCUUUUGUUAUUUCAUCUUUUGGUAUCAAAGGAUAAAUAUUUGUGAGAUCACAUUAUGAGAAAAGAAAAUUUGAACAUCUUACUUCUUUAUGUUGUACUUAUGUCAGCUCAAUGUGAUUGAAAUACCAAUCUUAUUGAGUUCCAUUGUUUCAUAAUGCACACUUGCAUGGAUAAUUUUUUUUUUUGAUCAAUUGCUUUCAAAUCGAUAUUUGAUGUUAACUACUUAAAUUUUAAGGAUAUAUUUUCCUGUAAUAGUUCAUACAUCUUAGCAUGGUGGCACUUCAUUUUGCACAUGGACUUCUUGUAUGUUUCAUUGUUUCAUACUUUUCAAGGUGAUAUGAACAUCUUUCAGAUAACACUUGAGGAGAGACUUGAUAGUCCGCUUCUCAUGGCAUUGAGGCAAAGGGUCCUAGAACAUGCCAGUGCUUUGGAAGCCUUUGUUCUGAAAUUUGUCCCCAAUAUCAAUGUUGAGAGGGCAUUGCAGUUGGCCCAAGUGGCAGUUGGGAUUGUCUCUCCUUCUGCCAAGAGUAGUGAAUCAGUUGAAACCUGUUCAAUCUGUUGCGAGGAGAAGCCAAUUUCAAUGAUGAUCACAAUUAAAUGUUCCCACAAGUUCUGUUCCCAUUGUCUGAAAACAUAUGUCGAUGGGAAAGUACAGUCCUCUCAAGUGCCCACUAGAUGCCCUCAGUUGAGAUGCAAGUACUAUAUUUCCACCACAGAGUGCAAGUCUUUUCUGCCAGUUAUCUCUUAUGAAUCAUUGGAGAGAGCCCUUGCAGAGGCGAAUGUUCUUGACUCGGAUAAAAUGUACUGUCCCUUUCCUAAUUGUUCAGUUCUGCUUGAUCCACGUCAAUGCUUGUCCACCAGGGCAAGCUCAUCAAUUCAUUCAGACAAUAGUUGUGUGGAGUGCCCAGUUUGCCAAAGAUUCAUCUGCGUGGAAUGUGAGGUCCCUUGGCAUUCUUCGAUGAGCUGUGAAGAGUAUCAAAACCUCCCAUUGGACGAGAGAGAUGCUGGCAACAUGACUUUGCAUCGGCUGGCACAAAAUAAAAGAUGGAAGCGUUGCCAACUGUGCCGGAGGAUGAUUGAGCUUACCCAUGGUUGCUACCGCAUGACCUGCGGGUGUGGGCACAAAUUUUGUUAUUCCUGUGGUGCAGAGUACAGGGAUGGCGAACAAACUUGUCAAUGUACAUUCUGGGAUGAAGAAUAUUCCCAAGAUUUGGUCAGUCAACCUACCCAACAAUACGAACAAUGGGCUUGGGACUCCUUUGACUUGCUCCCCAUGAUGAUGGAUGCCUACUCAGACCAAGAGAGAUCACAACUGGCAUUGAUCCAGAGGUUUCUUGCUGGGGGUUUCGGUCUGAGUGACCACUAUCCUUGCCAAUCCCCGCCCCGAUGUACAGACUCUUAUGUGGAUGCAAUGAAGGAUCUCCAUCAACUUCCCUGGCUUGAAAGGUUUGUCUCUCUGAUAAAUGAUGAUUACUAUGAAGAUUAUAUCCAGUGAAGCAAACACUGAAAUGAAUUAGGAACGAAGCUGAUUAGCUUCCCAGAAAAUGUUUGAUAUGGGGACGUGAAGAGUCUCUCGCUCUCCCGAUCCAUUUUCAACUUUAGCCAGGUAACAAAAUAGGCAAUUGUCUUACCUAGUUCUUAUUAAUCACAGUGCUGAAGGACUUGUGAGCCUGAAUUUCCUCGAGGGCUAGGAAAUCAUGCAUGAUAAUUGCUUUCUUCUUGAAAGAAAAGAGGAAUGCAAACGAGAAACACAAAAAAAUAUGUAUAUGCUAGAGAUUCAAGUCAUUGAAACAGACAUGUCAAUCUAUACUCUCUCUUGCUUUCUCUCACUCCUCUUGUGUAUGUGUGUGUCAUCCUCUGUAUAAUUGGAGGGAUUAUUCUGCAAACCAGAGGGAGUGAAAUGAUAUGCUGUUUCCUAGAA